AUGAACAACCAUCAUCAUACAAGGACCCCACAAGAAAGUAUGAAGACAUGUUACUAUGAACUCCUAGGUGUAGAAUCCACCGCCACCGACCAAGAACUCAAAAAAGCGUAUCGUCGAAAAGCCCUCCAAUUACACCCUGACAAAAACCCUGACAACCCCGACGAAGCCCAUCAUCAAUUCUCCCUGAUCCGUGCUGCCUAUGAAGUCCUUAGUGACCCACAGGAAAGAUCAUGGUAUGAUUCUCAUAAAUCGCUGAUCUUGAAUGAAGACAAUGAGGAGGAUUAUGUGGAUACUGGAGACUCCCAUAUUCCAAGCAUUUCGACCGAAGAAAUCUAUCGAUUUUUUAAUCCUUCGUUGUUUGAAAAAUAUGAUGAUAGUAUAAAUGGAUUCUAUGUUGUUGCCGGGAGGUUAUUUGAGAGAUUGGCGAGGGAAGAGAUCCAACAUGGGAAAUAUCAACAAAUUCCUGAAUAUAUGAAAUAUCGUGAUGAUGAUAAUAAUGUGAAUGUAUUAGAUCCAGAAUUGUUGAAAUUCCCGUUGUUUGGCAAUAGUAAAGCCCUGUAUGUGGAUCAAGUUCGGGUGUUUUAUAAUGUCUGGGGUGGGUUUAGUACUGUGAAAUCAUUUGCUUGGAGAGAUGAAUAUCGAUAUUCAACUGCUCCUGAUAGAAGAACUAGAAGAUUGAUGGAAAAAGAGAAUAAGAAAUUACGAGAUGCGGCAAGAAAGGAAUACAAUGAGGUCAUAAAGAAAUUUGUGGCAUUUAUCAAAAGGAGAGACCCAAGGUUUAAAGCUGGUCAAGAGGAAUAUGAAAAACAAAGAAAGAAGAAACAAAUGGAAGAAUAUCAGGCACAAUUGAAACAACAAGCCAUGGAGAAAUUGAAACAUUCAACUGAAUUUCAAGAACAAGAUUGGCAAAAAUUGACAAAUGAUGAAUUGGAGGAUGUGGAGGCGUUGUUGAAGGAAGAAUAUGAUAUAAGUUCAGAUUCAGAAUUUGAUGAGUUUGAAGAUGGUGAAGAAGAAUUAGAGGUUCAUGAGUAUGAAUGUAUUAUAUGUGAUAAAUAUUUCAAGAAUGAACAACAGUUUGAGAUUCAUGAGGCAUCGAAGAAGCAUAAAAAAGCGUUGAGGCAGAUGCAAUGGGAAAUGAGAAAGGAAGGAAUAGAUUUGGGAAUAGACAAAGAUGAUAUCGAUUUGGAUGAGUUUGAAACAGCAUCGAGUGGAUUACUGGAGGAUGAAGAAUUCGAGGAACUUGACCGAGAAGAACUGGGGGAGUCCGAUCUCGAGGACCAAGAUAAAGAUCUUGAAGAGGAACUACAAAAAAUGGAGGAGCAGUUGAAAGAUAUCGAAAUUUCACAAGACGUGGAAGUGGAUGAUGAAAUCGAUAGCGAAGAUGACAAUGCAUACAUACCCAUGCCCAAGAAAGCUUCAGAACCUGUUGAACAAAUUGACGAGGAUCUAUUGCGAUUUAUGGAACGUAGCAAAAUCGACGACGAUAGUGAAGACGAUUGGGGAAUUGACCCUAAGAAAUCCAAAAAGAAAAAGAAUAAAAAGGUAUCAAGAGAGGCAACUCCAAAAGCUCCCACCCAAUCUCCAGCCCCAGAACCAAAAUCAAACUCACCAAUUAUCACCGGACCUGAAAAGUGUGCUGUGUGUGAUCUGUCGUUCCAAACAAGAAACCAACUAUUCAAACACAUCAAAUCCACCGGCCAUGCUGCACCACCAACCAAAGUCAAAAAGAAGAAACCAAAACGUAAAUAG